AUGGCCCCCCUCAAAACGCCCAUCCCCUCGCCGGCCCCAGGUUGCAAGCCCCAGCCGCGCGAUGUCCUCACCCCUGAGCAACAACAAAAAUACGACUGGCUGUUGUCCCAAGCCCGCUCCUGGACCGACGUGCCCUCCACCUCCGGCAAAAAUGGGCCCCUGACUGACUCCGAGCGCUUCUGGCUGACCCGCGACUGUCUCCUGCGCUACCUGCGCGCGACCAAAUGGCACGAGCGCGACGCCGAAAAGCGAGUCCUGGAAACGCUCGCCUGGCGCCGUGACUACGGCGUCGAGGAGCUCACCCCCGAGUAUAUUUCUAUCGAGAACGAAACCGGCAAGCAAAUCAUCCUUGGCUACGACCGCGAAGGCCGCGUCUGCCACUACCUGAACCCCGGUCGCCAAAACACCGACGCCUCACCCCGCCAGGUUCAGCACCUCGUCUACAUGGUCGAGCGCGUCAUCGACCUUAUGCCGGCCGGCCAGGAGACUCUUGCUCUCCUCAUCAACUUUAAGCAAUCCAAGACCCGGUCCAACACCACGCCCGGCAUGUCCCUGGCGCGCGAGGUACUCCACAUUCUGCAGCACCACUACCCGGAACGACUCGGUCGCGCGCUGAUUAUCAACAUGCCGUGGUUCGUAACGACUUUUUUCAAGCUGAUUACCCCCUUCAUCGACCCCCGCACGAGGGAGAAGCUCAAAUUUAAUGAGGACAUGAGUCAGUAUGUACCUCCGGAGCAGAUGUGGAAUGAGUUUAGCACGGGCAUGCUCGAGUUUGAGUACGAACAUGCCGUGUACUGGCCGGCACUCCAUGAAUUGUGCCGGAAGAGGAGGCAGGAGCGGUGGGAGAGGUGGGUUAAGGGGGGAAAGGUUAUUGGAGAGAGCGAGGACUUUUUGGCGGGGGGUGUGGAUGUGAGUGUUAAUGGAGUGAAUGUUGCUGCGUCGACGGAGGAGAAGAAGGCUGAAACUGCCGCUGCCGAGCCUGAGAAGAAGAAGACCGAGGAGCAGAAGCCGGCUGAGAAACCUGCCGAGACUCCUGCUCCUCCCCCGACUGCUGAUGCUGCCCCUGUUGACUCGGCCAUCGCUGAGAAGAUGGCUGAGCUCAAGGUCGAGGAGGUGAAUGCCCCCCAGAAUGCCGCUACCGUCCCCGCCAAUUAA